AUGGAUCGUCUCUUUGCGGGGAUUACCCCGAAGAAGCAGGAAUGGGUGGUCCGGAUGGCAGCGCUGAGUCUGGCAGCCAUUGUUGCUUUUCUCCUUCGCCUCUUUGCGGUCAUUAGAUACGAAUCGGUCAUCCACGAAUAUGAUCCCUAUUUCAACUACAGAACAACGCAAUACCUGACGGAGAAUGGAUAUUACAAUUUCCACAAUUGGUUCGAUGAAAAGGCUUGGUAUCCACUGGGCAGGAUUAUCGGAGGCACAAUUUACCCUGGCUUGAUGGUCACGUCACUGGCGAUUUUCCGUGUCAUGCAUGCUCUACACCUUACGAUUCAUAUUCGCGAGGUCUGCGUGUUCCUGGCGCCCUUCUUUUCAUCUCUGACUACCAUUGUGACGUACCUGCUUGCGAAGGAACUCUCGACCACCGGCGCUGGGCUAUUUGCUGCUGCUUUCGUAGCGAUCGUCCCAGGAUAUAUUUCGCGAUCGGUUGCGGGCUCGUACGACAACGAAGGAAUUGCCAUCUUCCUCAUGCUCCUAACCUACUAUCUUUGGAUUCGUGCUAUCAAGACCGGCUCCGUCUAUGAAGCUGCAAAGUGCGCAUUUGCCUACUUCUACAUGGUGACUUCAUGGGGCGGUUAUGUGUUUCUGAUCAACCUUAUCCCACUGCACAUCUUUGCCCUGAUUGUGGUUGGCCGUUUUAACGACAAACACUACGUCGCCUACAACACGGUAUAUACUAUCGGAACAAUCUUGUCCAUGCAAGUGCCGUUCGUUGGUUUCCAGCCGAUCCUUACUUCUGAGCAUAUGGCGGCUCUUGGUGUCUUUGGACUCUGCCAACUCGUCGCCUUCUCCAAUUACAUCAAGAAAUCCGUGUCUACCAAUGAGUACCGUGUUUUGAUGCGCGCUAUCAUCUUCUUGUUUGGCGCAGUCUGCUACUUGGCAAUCAUGGUGGCCGUCUUUUUCGAGAAAGUGGCGCCUUGGACUGGUCGCUUUUAUUCACUACUGGAUCCCGCUUAUGCAAAAAACAACAUUCCGAUCAUUGCGUCCGUCUCUGAGCACCAACCGACAGCCUGGGGUUCUUACUACUUCGAUCUGCACUAUCUCUGCAUGCUCUUCCCUGCAGGAUUAUACCACUGCUUCCGGAAUAUCUCGGACCAUAAUAUCUUCGUUAUCCUAUAUGCGCUGACGUCUAUUUACUUCUCAGGUGUAAUGGUCCGUUUGAUGCUGGUUUUGGCUCCAGUAAUGUGCAUCAUUGGCGGAAUUGCUUUGAAUGCGGCGUUGUCUCCUGCUAUGAAGGCUCUUCAUGAAACCGAAAAGCCGGCUGUGGGAAAGAAGGCUCAAGAAAAGGCGCAACAAAACCCUUUCAAGGAAUACAUUUCCCUUCUGAUUGGCGGUGGCAUUAUGUUGUUCUCCAUUUCGUAUGUAACUCACUGUACAUGGGUGGCUGCCGAGGCCUACAGCAGUCCAUCGAUUGUUCUGGGAUCUCGCAAGGGCUUUAUGCUGGAUGAUUAUCGCGAGGCUUACUCGUGGCUCCGCGAGAACACGCCGGAGGAUUCCAAGAUCAUGUCCUGGUGGGACUACGGAUACCAACUUUCUGCCAUGGCCAACCGCACAGUCAUUGUGGACAACAAUACCUGGAAUAACACUCACAUCUCUAGGGUUGGCCAAGCGAUGGCAUCGAAUGAAUCACAUGCGAUCGAGAUCAUGCGGCAACUUGAUGUUGAUUACGUGCUCGUCGUCUUUGGCGGAAUGGUUGGCUAUUCCAGUGAUGACAUCAACAAGUUCCUUUGGAUGGUUAGAAUUGGUGGCUCCACUCCGGAAGGGCAACAUAUCGCUGAAACCGAUUACUAUUCAAAGGACGGAGCCUAUAGCGUCGGCAAAGAUGCGUCGCACACGAUGACGGAUUCGGUGAUGUAUAAGCUCAGCUAUUAUCGCUUCGGAAACGUAGUCACUGAGCCGAGACAAGAACCAGGCUAUGAUCGCGUCCGUAACGAGGUCAUCGGCAAAAAGGAUAUCACCCUGGAUACGAUGGAAGAAGCCUACACGAGUGAACAUUGGAUCGUCCGCAUUUAUCGGAAAGGGGAUCGAAUCCUCGGUCGAACAUCUAAAACGGUUGAUGCGGUGGCCUUGUAUUUGUCAUGCCUCCAACUGGGCGCCGUCUACGUGCCAUUGAACCCUGCGAACACUUUAGAAGAAACGGAACAUUAUAUAAAGGACUCUGAGCCAACGCUAUUCGUUACGUCGCAGCUUGAUGGUGACAGGAAAUUCAUGAAUGAUUCGAUUAGCGUGGUGGAUGAGAAACAGCUGAAGACACAGGCUUCCGCAAAACAAGCUUGUACGGAUAUAGAAUCGGUGGAUCAUGACGAUAUCGCCAGCCUCUGUUAUACAUCGGGCACAACUGGUAAGCCAAAGGGCGCGAUGCUCACUCAUCGGUCAUUGGCAUCAAAUGCCGAAACACUUGUUGAUAUUUGGAAAUUUAGCGAAAAUGACCGGUUGCUACAUAUGCUGCCGUUCUAUCACGUACAUGGAUUAUUUCUGUCCUUGUCGUGCUCACUUUUCUCCCACUCUUCCGUCAACUGGAGAAGCAAGUUUGAUGCGAUCGACUGCAUGAAACAACUGAAGAAUAGCACCGUGAUGAGUGGAGUGCCGACUUUUUAUAGCCGCCUUCUGCAAGACUCUUCUUUCAACAGGGCUUCGGUUCCAAGUCAUCUUCGACUUUUUAUUUCGGGCUCUGCUCCGCUAUCCCUUGCAACAUGGGAAGAAUUUGAGAAGCGUACAGGGCACCGCAUUUUGGAACGAUACGGGAUGACGGAAGGGCUGGUAAUCUGCUCAAAUCUGUAUGAAAAAGAAGGAAGGAUUCCGGGCUCCGUUGGGAAGCCAAUUCCUGGAACAAAGCUGCGACUCAAUUCGGAGGGUGGGAUCGAGAUCCAGUCGCCCUCUCUAUUCCGCGGCUAUUGGCGUAAUCCGGCCAAGACGAAAGAAGACAUGACCGAUGACGAAUUCUUUAUUACGGGAGAUGUUGGUGACAUUGAUGAGAAAGGCUUCGUGCGAAUAUUGGGUCGCUCCAAGGAUCUGGUCAUAUCUGGCGGAAUGAAUAUUUACCCGAAAGAGAUCGAAGAUGUUACGGAUAAACUUGAUGGGGUUGCUGAAAGCGCUUUUAUUGGAGUGCCUCAUAAGGAUUUUGGCGAGGCGCUGGUCGGCGUUGUGGCACUAGAGAAUGGCGUGACCAAGGAUCCGAAGGCCAUGAUCGCUGAGUUGAAGGAACAUUUGGCGGGUUAUAAGAUUCCCAAGCAAAUCAUCUUCGUCCCAACCCUCCCCCGCAACGCUAUGGCCAAAGUCCAGAAGAAAGAGCUGCGCGAGCAGUUUAAAAAUCUAUUUCUG